GAGACGCCUGUUGAGAUCAACCUAUAAUCAGGUAGGUGGAGGUUAAUGACGACGUUCCUUAGGAUUUAACUGCAUUUCAAGAUAUCGGCUGGAAAAACAACGCGAAGCCUCGACAUAUGUGUUCUUGCUGCGCCAUACCAAGUCGUGGACCAUGAUGGAUCGAAGAAGAGCCUUGAGUAUUCCAUUUGGUGUUGAAAAGGAUAACUUGAUGGAAAGCCCACUAAAAAUAUCCACGAUCUGUCUUUCAUCAGAGUGUGGGAAGUUAGACAGACAGGUUUCCUGGAAAGCAUUUGCAGGAAGUAAACUUAGACAUCAUGAUUCAGAGCAUAAAAAUGGAUCCAGGCUGAUGGAUGACAACACUGCAACAAUGGUGACUCUACAAAUGGCCACGAGGAAACCCUGUCUCGUCCUGACAGAUGUCCUAAAGACAGAUCUGGGCAAGACUUAUAUGGAAAAAAUUAAACAGAGUCAUACCCCAGGAAAUGGAGGACAAAUGUCAACUACGUUGAAGGCGAGAGAUCGGUGUAAAGAGGAUCCUGGGGUCUGCAGAGAACUGAGGACCAUUCACGGAGAGGCCAAACAGGACAAGAGAAAUGGCGUAUUCUGUAAACGCAACCAGAAGCCCAACUCACCCUCUCAAAGGUCAAGACUCAGGAGAAGCUCCCAGAAUAUUGAUUGCAAAGAGGACAGAGACAAAAACAAAGACGUCAAGGAGUUGGUAAUCGACAACAGCAACGGAGAAAGCUACAAAUAUGGUGAAGUCGUAGAUUGUGGGUUGUCGGUGAGCUGGGAGCCUGCUGAGAACACAAGAGAUUGUUCAGAGUUUUCCCCAAAGAUCAAGGAGAAGUGGACUGAACCGGAAAAAGAAGUUCAUCAAAGUGUGAAGAGAAAAAAGAACGAUUCAGGGUCCCUGCACAAUGGCACAGUGAGCCCUAAACGGCCCCGUGAGAGCGUGCUGCGUCUGACCGGAGAAGAUGGAAGAGACAGAGUGCUGACACGAUUUGAAGCUUAUGAGGCAGAAAGUGAAGAAGAUGGAGAUUCUGAGAACGUGGACCGUACCAUUGUACAGUUCACUGUGGGAGGGGAUGAUGGAAGAGAAGUUCUGCUCCCGAUCAACACUCCUUAUUUGGACGCCAUCAACACCCAAAGAGAUCGAGAGUCCAGCCAGGACAGCACAACCAAGACAAGCGGCCCUUCUGACCCAAUUGUGUUGUCCAGUGAUGAUGAGGAGAGCGACAACGUUCCUCCGCACUGCAGACCACCGGUCCACACACUGGUCCCUAUGGAAGACACAGUUAUACAGAAGGCUGUGAUCAGACAAGAUGAUUGUGACUUACAGGACAUGCAGGUGCUGCGUGUAGUUGUAGACGAGCUUCCUGUUUCGCUGGCACGUUGUCCUAUCCCCAGCAUUGACCACUCCUGCAUGAGCAUAGCCUUCUCCAGCCUACACUGUGGCGGCUACCGAGGGAACGCAAAUGGCAACUUCAUGAUGGCAGACCAUGCUAUCAUGAUCCCUCUGAAAGACCCUAAUGGACAGGUGGAGCUGAUGUUAACGUUUGAGCGCAAAGCUCUGAGGAGGUACAGUGUCUGGGAGGAGCAGGAAAUGGAGAUGCGUGAGCUUCACUUUGAUGGUGACGAGAAUGCUUUCCCUGCGGCGGUCCUCGUGUUUUGUGUGUCGGACACCGCUGCAGCUGAGAUCCAGCACGUCCUCAGCAAGCUGUGUGUCGAACAGGAUGGAAACACUAACACUGGCACAGCCAGCCCCUUCAUCCUGCUGACCCUGAGACACCCUCUAGAAGGAAUGGAGGGCGCUUUAUUACGCUCCCUCCUGGACAUCGACUGUCUGAACAGCCUGACACAUAAACAUUCUCCUGGAUCCCUCGGCUCAGACAGAUUCAGUGGUUGGGAAGAGAGCCAGACUCCUUUUCUUUGUCUUGAUGAUAGCAUCGAACUGAUCAGUAAAAUUGGACUUGACUCACACCUGCUGUGUCUGCUGGGCCUCGAGAGCCCCGACCCUGAACUUGACUCACAAAGUUCACACUCUGACAGAGAGGAAAACAACAUGCUGCAGAUCUGUCCGGAGGUUGAGCUGCAAAUAGAGACGGACCCGGAGCCGGAGACGACAUCAGAGGAAGUCACAGGGACAGAAGUCAAACCUGAGGAGGAUCAGAAAGAAGAAGACGAACAUCCCUCUGAGAAGAAAAAGGAGGGACCCACCCCUGUAUACACACUGUGCCAUCGUCACACCAAAGGAUCGUACUCCGUGUCCCACUGUAAACCAGACUCCAGCUGGAUUAAAUAUAAACACAAGGGUCUCCCCAGCAGGUUGAUCCAGUUUCCUCCUCCUCCACUAAAAGGAGGAAUAACUGUUACAAUGGAGGACCUGCAGUGCUUGGACAGCCGGCAGUUCCUCAACGAUGUCAUCAUCGAUUUUUACCUCAAAUACCUCCUACACAAUGCGUCCGCUGCUGUGGCUGAGCGCUGCCACAUCUUCAGCAGCUUCUUCUUCAAGCAGCUGACGCGGAGGGACAACGCCAGCGAAGGCGCAACCAGUGACACCUGUCAGAGGCAGAGGCGGCACCAGCGGGUGAAGACGUGGACACGCCAUGUGGACAUCUUCAAAAAGGACUUCCUGUUUGCCGUGCAUCCUCAUCAUGGAUUCUCUCAAACUUUCUCUCCACGAGCGAGUCUUCAAACUCUUACGGGAGUACUUGCAGUCAGAGUGGGAGGUCCGCCGUGGCUCAUCCAGGGAAUUUAGCCCUGAUCAGAUGAAAGGUUCACACUGUCAAGUUCCCCGUCAAGACAACAGCAGCGACUGUGGCCUUUACCUGCUGCAAUACGUCGAGAGUUUCCUGAAGGACCCCGUGGUUCACUUCGAUCUCCCCCUACGCCUGGAGAGAUGGUUCCCACGACAGCAGGUGCGGCAGAAACGAGACGAAAUCAGAGACCUGGUACUUAACCUUUACAGAUGGCAGAAUCAGGAAAGUGACAUAUAGACGGCAGUUUUGCUGCUUGCUUCAUCACAUUCCCUGUAGCUAUUACAAAUCACUGCGCACACUGGGUGACGGACAUUUCAGCGUGAAUUGGAGAUAUUCCUUUUAGGUUUUAGAUUUUGUCAUUAGACACAUUAACUUGAACAACACUUGGAAACCUUUGACUCUCUGUGGCUCCUGUGACUGAAUAUGAAGGCAGCAGUAAAUUCAAAAUAAACACGUAGCUGUCCAUACAACCUGAAUUACAAAGUCGGUAAUAUCCAGAAAUGCAAAUGUUUGUACACCUAGAGACCUUUUAUUGAUUGUUUUUAUUUUGCAAGAUAUUUUAUAAAAGGCAUUAUUUGUAAGGGAUUUUCUAUAUUUUCUAGUUUGUCAUCAGAAUUUUCUAAUUUGUCAUCUUAAACACAGCCAUAGUAAAAUGUACGUUUCAGUUAAAAUGUUUUCCCCACUGAAGUCUCAGGGACUGGAGUCUGACCCAACACUUGCAUCAUUUUCACUUUGUUGAACUCUGCCGCUCACUCUGUGCCUCACUUAGUCUCAGACAGGAGAACUGAGUAUUCACUCCUCUUGUCUGUCUUCUGUGUGUCUGAGUGUGUCCCACUCUGUCCCACUCUGUGUAACCAUCUGUGUUACAAUCCAUCAAAGGCCCUGAAAUCAAAUUGAGCAUCAUGGUAUCAGCUGAACUUACAGAAAUACCCCAAACCAAGAAAUUGAUAUAUUAACGCAACUAACACAAUUUGACCAGUGUGCAGCUAAUGAUGAAUUUCACCAUCAAUGAAUCUGAUUACUACUGUGUUUUCUUAAGCGAUGUUGUCCAAAUUCCAGUGAUCACACUUUACUAAAGCCCAAGUUAAUGUCAUCAUGUUACCUGUUGAGCCCUUAAUCCAAAGAUAUUAUGGUUACUGUCACACAAACUAAAGGAAAGAAGAAAAAUUGAGCUGCAAUACGAUUUUUUUCAUAAUUUCCCCAGUGAUAAUCAAAAAAUAUAGAAAAAUUGAAAACAGUGUUUGGAAAUGUUUUUGAUCCUGUUGUGGAUUUGGCUCCUUUUUUUGACCAAACUUAACGAGUGUAAGCAAAUGGCUGCUAUAAAGUAAACUAAUAGGUACAGUAUUUACUGUAGAUGUUCUGUACAUAUGUGUUAUAUUCAUGAAACUACCUUUUUACAUACAUAAAGCAUAUUAGUGAAUGGAGUCUUUUGAUAAAUUGCUAAGUUGAGGGGUGCGCAAACACUGGCACGUAACAGUUUUCUGUUAAGGGUAAACACUGGUUGAUUAAGAUCUGAAAUUACCCGAAAGUUUCAGCUCAACUCCACUGUUCUCGACAGAGAUAAGUUCCGCUCAUCUUUCAGUUUUCUCAUACAAAGUCCUUGAUCUGUCUUUUUUUAGAUCUUAUUCAUGAAUGUACAGGAGCUGUUUCCAAAAUAUGUUUGGUUUCGAUUCUGUAAUAAAAGUUAUA